AAGAAAGUUAUUAAACACUAAGGAACAUGUUCACAUUGUGUCUCCCAGUUCCUGUUUUAGUGCCGGUGAUUUCUCAGGUGUGUGAGUUAUCAGGAAAGAGGGAGGUCAGCUGCACCUCCAAAGGACCGAAUCUCACCUUCACCUGGAAGCUCAACAACAAACCAUUGCUCUCCACCCCAGCAGACAACGAAUCACCACCUGCAGAGCACGUUAGCCGUCCUGUCACUGCUACCAUCACCGUAGAGGCCAACCAGUCUGGAAAUCUGGCUUGUGAAGUUAGAAAUGAGGUCAGCAGCGGUGAGGCAUCUGUGCAUCUGAGAGACUGUCACGCUGCUGAGUUCCAGUUUCCUUAUGUUGCUGCGAUUAUUGCUACAGCCUCACUCCUCUUCCUCUUUGCUCUGUUGGUUUGCUUCAUCCUUUUAUUCAAGAAAUCCAACUCUCAGGAUGUUAACGGAGGUGAUUCAGAUGCUGGUGGAGUUGUAUACGCAGAUGUGAAAAUACACAUGGGUAUGAAGCGGGAAAUGAAACACUCUGCAGAAACAGUGGAGUAUGGACAGAUCAGAGUCCAUCAUCAGCCAAAUGAAUAGACUGAAUGAGUAGAGUGAAUGAGUAGACUGAAUGAGUAGACUGCACAGCAAGUUAGCAGCUUCAAAAAGUGAUUCAUGCAAUGUUGAAUAUAAUGACAGAUGUUGAUCCAAAGCUCCUCUUUAGCAGCUCAGGAAACAUGCUUCAUAUUGUUUUGUCAUCUUGAUUCUUACUGAAGUUUCCUAAUGUUAUGACCAUUGCUAUUAAACGUGAAUUUGAAUAGAUCAGAAAGGGACAGAAUCAUUAGAUUGUUGAUUAAUUGUUGUAUUUCUGCAUGUAUAACAUUUGAAAUGAUUUUUACUGAUUAUUGUUGUUAGCUUUUGCAAGUACUAACUGUGCUACAUUAAGGAAGCAGACAGAAAUGUAGAAUAGACAUAAAUAAUUAUGAGGAUUGUUGUUGAUUAUAUGUAUAAUGACGUGUUAAUCCUGUGUAACUGAUGAAUGAUAAGAAGUGGAAGUGAAAGCAGCAGAGAGACAGAAUGGACACAGAUGGCUGAAGGAAAUGGGAAGGAAAAUAAAGUGUGUUAACAAAUCAGCAAGGUUGUGAGUUGAUGUUGCUUCAUGGCUGUUUUGAUCUGAAUGUUGGGUCCAUGACCUAAAGCCCUGUUUACAUCAGUUGUUAAAAACUGAAAAGUUUUUUUUAGCAGGCAGUACCUUCACCUCAGCCUAUAUUUGACAUAACUAAAGUUUUGUACUGAUGGUCAGUCAGGCAGGUUGAUCUUUUCCACUUUAAUGACAGGGCUGGACAGGACUCCUGUACUGGAGUGCCUGGGUAACAUUUAAGGGGAGGCCAUAAUCCAGCAUCAAAUCCUCAAUCCUAGUACUAACUCCUGGGCAAAGGGAAGAACUGCCUUUAUCCUACAUGGCAUGAGAGUAGAGGACAAAACUUCAGAUGCUGGUAACCCUCAUCACAGGGGAAUAUACCACCAUGGAGUCCA